GCACGAGGUAUAUCUUUGAUGCAUUUAUAUUGUACGGGCCAUUCAAACCGGGCAGCAACAACAGCCAAAUGUGAAACUACAUACAUAUGUAUGCAUAAACAUAGGUGUGUAUAUAGUUCUUGCAAGGUUUUCAUUAACAGGCGUCAGUCAAACGAAGUCGAAAGCCACAGCUGUGCAUUAGUUGUGAUCGGCAGUUCACACACGGCGGUUGUUUUAAAAUUUGUGCUACUGGAGGACGUCGCAUUUUCUGGAUAAAGUUUCAUUAAGAAUAUGACCAAAAUUAAGCACCAGUAUGCUGGCCUACAAAUUGAAGGCGAUAUGGACAAUGAGAUAUCUAGUAUUUCGACAGUAUUUACGAAUCCAAAUCCGCCGGUGGGUCCACAAUCUACACAACUACGGUGUCCACAAUGUAAAUGCACCGUUAAGACGACUGUUAGACAUCGUUCGACCACAAAAACUCAUUUGGCUUGUAUACUGCUUUCGUGGACUUGUUGUUGCUGCUGUUUGCCAUACUGUAUGAGCACAUGUCGAAAUGCAAACCAUUUCUGCCCCAUGUGUGACGCAUUCAUAGGCACCUAUCAGUCCUAAGUGGAGCAAAAUGAGUGGAGUAGAACUUUUGUAUAUAUAAUGUGAAUGUAUAUUGGUAUUAUAUACAAAUGUUUGUAGGAAUAUAUACUCCAAUACUUAUAUAUAAAUAAAAGAUUAUGUGGCAACACUUUACAUA